AUGGCGUUCCGUCGCGAAGUCUCGCCGCUGGAUAAGAUCGUGCUCAAGUUUAUCUCCAAGUCGCCUCGUCAAUUAAACGUGAUCCUCAAUGAUCAGACACUGGCGCGUGCACAUCGUAUCAUGAAACCAACCAAGUCACGUACGCACAAAGCCAAGCAAGAGGUUAUUCGUGCGCUGCUGCGUGGCGGACGGCUAGGGGACGACACGCUGCCUGCGAGUUUCUUUGACCCGAGUAUGACACGCCUUGAGAUUAUUGGGGCAAAGAUUUCGACGAUUUUUAUUGAAAUGUUGUCCAAGAUUUGUCCCAAACUACAUUCGGUGAACUUUUCAGGAUGUUUUCGACUUACGGACGAAGCAAUGGAAGUAUUGCUGAAAAAUUGUCCAGAAAUGAAGGAGAUGAAUAUUGACAAUUGUCGAAAAUUGACGGAUUUGACACUAGACUAUCUGCGUAAACUUGCUCCGAGACUGCAGAGCUUUGAUAUCAGUGGCAAUUUCAACAUGACGAUUUCAGGCAUUACAAAGCUUAUUGAAAGACACCCAAAUCAUUCCAAGUUUAUAAAAGUUCAUGUGUCGGGUCACGCUGUGACGGAUCAAACCAUCAGGAUCAUUACGGCCAAGUGUCGGAAGUUGCACAGCUUGAGUGCCGGGUAUUGUGCUAUCACGGACGAGGCCUUGAUUGCGCUGCUGAAAAAGCGCGAAUCUGUGUCGCGCUUGUACUUGCACUGGAAUGUUGCGAUCACCGAUCAAUUCUUACGCUUUCUCGGAUCGGAAGCUCGAAACUUGCAGGAGCUGAACCUGUGCGGUGUAAAGACUGUUUCGGCUGAUUCUAUCGUUGCCGCUAUCCACGCCAAAAUGGGUGUUCGAAACGAGUUGCUCGAUUCUACAGUACCGCUGCCUUCUGACGAUAAUCCUGAACCUGAACGAAAGCGUCUUAAGAAGAUUGAUUUCCGCUACACAACUGUUACGAAGGAAGUUGCUGCAGCUGUCAAGGAGCGAUACCCUGAGCUUCAAGUCACAUUUUGA